UUGAAUUGGGCCUGUUAAAGCCCAAUUAGUUAUACAAAAAAGAAGAAGUGAAUAUCUCAGACAAGGGCCCAUAUCCAAGCAUACUAACGGGCAAACGACGGUACAAAGGCGAACACCGGCAAGAUCGAUUUGAACGGUGACGGCGAAUGUGGCGGCGAAGUAACUUACCGGGGAAUCCAGAUUCCGAUCAGAGCAUAUCUGAGGAAGAAGAAGAAAAUGAUAUUUCGCCGAAGGAGAAUGCGAAGGAACAAGAGAGAGGAUUACUACUUCAAACAAAGCUCGAAAAACUCAUAGGUUGUGGUGAGCUAAAUUAUGCUAGGGAAACCGGUGAUGUAACUCUGGAAGCAACUCUACGGAAGAUAUCAUCCUCUCUUGAAGAUGUGGUCGAAGUUCCUGACUCCCCCGAGGAGAGUUAUAUUUCUUCUUCCAGAAGAACUGGAUUAGCAUGCAUAUCUGCUCAGGAAAAUGGGUCAGAUGAUGAGAUUACACAUGAUGAACAAGUGGCAACUUGGUCUGCUAUAAGUAAAGAAACCAAGUCACUAAUCCAUUUGAAUGGUGUUGCUUCAGUCGCAUCAUCCCAUCUAUCUGGCUUCAGAGCCAAGAAAAGUAGUAAUGGUCUCAAAGAUCAUGGGAGGCCAAAAUUUUCAUUUAACUCACAUACUCAUGGAGAAACGUCAUCCAAGAUAAGUGACAUGGCUGAAAUCUUUGAGCCUGAUGUGGAGGAUCAGGCUAUAGAAGAGGAUCCAAUUAUUGAAUGCCCCAACAGUUUUGAUGAAAGAUCAGAAAACAGGCAGGGUGUUUCUGUUGCUGAGUCGAGAGAAGUUUUGCACGAGUGCACUAAAGAUGCGGUACCCAAGCUUCAAGAAAUUCCUCUAGAUAAAAUUAGACUGAUAAAAAGAAGCUCUGAACUGGACAGCAGACAUGAAGCAAAAAGUCGGAAAUUUACUCAUAAGGGAAAUUCAUCUAACUUCCAAGAUAGUGAUACUGAUGAUGAACUUCCUGGACCUAUGGAUAGUGGAUCAUCAAGCGAUGAUGAGCCUAGUUAUCAAAGCUCAGUGCCAAACAUUUCCAACCAGAAGAAACAAUUUGUUGGGGACCGGUUUGAUGAAGCAAUAAAAGCUUCCUCUUUGAGCAAAGAAGGUCUCUUGUUCGGUUCACCUAAAUUAUCUGGUGGCUCUAGCCUGUAUGGCAAGCUGCAACAGAUCAUGAAACAAGAAAAAGAGACGGAAAUGGAAAUCAUGAGGAAAUUGCAAAGCGGAAUCGGAGAAGCAGGUAACUCUUUUUGUAACUCCCAUAUAAACAAAAUCUAGUUCAUACCUCUGUUACUCGUUCCAAUUUCCCAACUCAGAUUCAUCGGGCUAUGUUGAUGUUAAAGUCAUGUCAAGACACUUGGAGGGAAAGCUUGUCGUCUGCAAAUGCUCUGUCAUUGACCUCUCUGGGGUUUAUCUCUCCAUCUCUUUGACGCAUCUGAUAAACCUGCUCCUUUAAUUAGACCCUUAAGCAAUUGAUUUAGUCACAUUCGAUUUUGUAGGACUCCCUAUUACUCAAGAACACACAAGCUCUUGCGGCAAAAGAAACAGAAACAACAAUUAUUUUUAGUCCGAAAGUUUGUGCGGAUGUUGAUAUCGAAAUAGGGAACUUUAUCCGAGUAUAUGCGCCAUGGAAGGAGUUGGAAGUGCAGAAAACCAAUGAUGUGAUUAUUUUGUCUUCAUAUUUCUCAAGUUUGUAAUAUAACUCACACAAAUGUCAAGAUGUGGAAAAAACUUGCAAAUGAUUUUAUCAGUGUGUAUAAAAACGAUAAUUAAAGCUCUCUGAUUGAUAACAAUCAUACUGAUCAGAGCUUAAAGUGUUUUUUGAUUUAUCGUGUUUUCUUCUUUGGGUUUACUACUGAUUAAAGGCGUUAAUCAGUUCUCACAAAUGAUUC